ACCGUCAUUGAUAUUGAAGCAGAAACCGAAAGCGAAAACGUCGAGCCCGCAACCCAGCCUGACAUAAUGGCAAAUUUCGACGAUACAUUGCAGCUCGCCCGUCUCGCGUUUGCCAGCGGCAAGACCAGGAACGUAAGCUUUCGACGCAAACAAUUGGAAAAUUUGCUACGCUGCUAUGAGGAGCAUGAAAAUGAGAUUAUCAGUGCCUUGGAGGCCGAUUUGCGACGACCCAAACAGGAGAGUUUGAUUGUGGAAACAGAGUUCAUGAAGAAUGAUAUCAAGCACAUACUCUAUAAUCUCGCCGAGUGGGUCAAGCCAGAAAAGCCGGACAAAUCGUUUGUGAAUUUGCUGGACGAUGUGCAAAUCUUCAAUGAUCCGUUUGGCGUUGUGCUCGUAAUUGGCGCCUGGAAUUAUCCGCUGCAAUUGCUGCUAGUUCCCGUUGCCGCUGCCAUUGCCGCUGGCAACUGUGUGGUGCUCAAGCCCAGUGAGAUAGCUGGCAAUUGUGCCAAGUUCAUUGCCGAAACAAUACCCAAAUAUCUGGACAAUGAUUGCUAUCCCGUGGUCUGCGGUGGCCCGACUGAAACUGCUGAGCUGUUAAAACAACGCUUUGAUUAUAUAUUCUAUACGGGUUCGCCGCGUGUUGGCAAAAUUGUGCAUGCGGCAGCCAACAAGAAUUUGACGCCCACGACUCUAGAGCUGGGCGGCAAGAGUCCCUGCUACAUUGACAAGUCGGUGGAGCUGCGCACAGCGGUCAAGCGUAUACUGUGGGGUAAACUGAUCAAUUGUGGACAGACAUGCAUUGCACCCGACUACGUACUCUGCUCCAAGGAGGUGCAGGAGCAGGUUAUAGUCGAGGCGAAGGAAGUACUCAAGGAGUGGUACGGCGACAACAUUCAAAGCAGCCCGGAUCUAAGUCGCAUCAUCAACCAGAACAAUUUCCAGCGUCUGUUGGGACUGAUGAAGUCUGGACGCGUUGCCGUUGGCGGUAAAUAUGAUGCCAGCGAGCGAUAUAUUGAGCCCACAAUACUGGUCGAUGUCAAGCAGGACGAUGCGAUCAUGGAGGAAGAGAUCUUCGGCCCAAUCUUGCCCAUUUACACAGUAGAGAAUGCCUACGAUGCGAUAAAGUUCAUUAAUUCCAGGGAAAAACCACUUGUACUCUACGUGUUCUCAAACUCUAAAAAGCUAGUUAAUGAAUUCAAGAAAAACACAUCAAGCGGCGGAUUCUGCAGCAACGAGACUAUCAUGCACUGUGGAGUUGAUACCUUGCCCUUUGGAGGCGUCGGUACAAGCGGCAUGGGCUCCUAUCAUGGCAAAUAUGGAUUUGACACGUUCACACACAAGAAAUCAUGUCUGGGCAAGAAUCUGGCAUUGCUGGGCGAGAAGAUGGCGUCAGCACGCUAUCCGCCGUAUUCGGAUCGUAAGAGUUCGCUGCUCUCAUUCCUGUUGCGCAAACGACGCCCACUGCCCAAUUUGUAUCUGUCUCAUGUUAUUGCCGCUGGACUUGGCGUGGGUCUGACUUUCUUGGUCAACUAUUAUCUUCAGGGCAAGCUGUUGCGCUAAAACCAAUUACAUCAAUUGCGGAACUAAAUCGUGUAUCAACAUGAGCCAAUUGGACUUUUAUCAUAUACAUAUGGAAUUGUUCGCCGUAAAUGCAAAAGCAUUUUUAGUAUUAGAAUAUUGUAUUAGUUGGGUUUUGCAUUGCACUAAAUAAUGUAUGUAUUAAGUGGAAUGCGUUAAGCAUACAACCAUCCUGCGUUUAGAUUGAAAUUAACUUGGUAUUCACACAUACACACAAAUAUAUAUAUUCGAAAACACAUAACAACAACAAACGUAUAUAUAUUAUAUUAUAUUGUUUGAUUUCUACAUUGUAUCUCGAUGAUCUAUAUUUUCAGAAAGAAUCAAACUAAAUAAAAGCAUGAACUUUGUACUUUUAAUACGCAAAUCGGUGGGUGAUGUAACGCUAUUGGAUACUCCGCUUUAUAAUAGCUAUUGUUAUUUAGUUAAUAUUUAAUAAAAUGUAAAUGAUAAAAACCAAUAAACUGAACGUUAUAUUUAUCUUAA